UGAAGCUGUCAUGUUUCUUUGACGCCUUGGAUGACGCGUAUUCCCCUGAAUAAUUGGCGGGUCAUUUGAUAUGAGACAUCCGACAUAUAUAUACUCGCGUACCCCACAUUAACAAUACACAACACAGUAAGCUGUAGAUACCUACUAUUCAUUCACCCUACAAUUGCAUAAGAUACACAUACAAUUAUUUCAUUGCAAAAUGGCACGACCAAUGACAAUGAAUAACUUGAUCACACAGCUCCAGAUCCCAGAGACAAUGGACCACUUGGCGAGUCUCCAGGUAGACCCCACGUUCCACGACCCGAAGGACCGAUUCCGGGUGUCACUCUACGUGCUAUAUAUAGUGGAUCUCGGUUUGCUUCUCGCAGAAUCAGGUCUCGAAACAUUGCUAUUCAUCGUAGAAGUGUCUUCGAUGUAUGCCAAUUUCUUGCGGAGCAUCUCCAACAGCAUCAGCACCUACAGUGCGGUGAAACCACGAAUUCGCAGGAACCAAUCGGUCGCCACGUUCCACGACGAUGAGAUAUCGAUAGAUAUUAAAUGAGAACAAAGAGCUUACACAAAAAAAAAGAGCGUUGUUCAAUUGCACAAAAUUUUUCAGUAUUCAAAUCGAGGUCAAAAUGUACGCUAAUUAUGUAUU